ACUCGCUUCUCUUAUCAGAUCAGAUUCGUCUCAGGGAAGCAACCGACGGCUUCCGCUUUACCUUGCGAAUUGGAUAAGAGGAGAGAGCGCGGUGAGUCGGGUAAAGGGGAAGAUCCGGCAGAAGCUAUGGUGUUCGCGGCAGCGACGACGACCACGACGGCGCCAUCUUCCGCGGCCGCCUCCCCCCUCCAAUCCCUCGCGAGGGGAACCCUUCGCCUCUCAUUCGGCAGCCCUCUUCUGCAUCCCCAGUCCUCCUCCGCUUCUCCCAAGAAGGGUAGGAGGCUCGUCUGCAGCUGGAGCUCUCCCAAGGCCGUUUAUUCCGCUAACUCCUGGGCUCCCGAACGAUCUCAGAGGAAAGGGAUUUGGUCUAUCAGGGAUGAUUUGGUGAUGCCGUCGUCACCCUAUUUCCCGAUAGAGGCACAGGGAGGGCAGGGGCCGCCGCCCAUGGUGCAGGAGCGGUUUCAGAGCGUCAUCAGCCAACUCUUCCAGCAUAGAAUUAUUCGGUUCGGCGGACCUGUGGACGAUGACAUGGCAAAUAUAAUCGUAGCGCAGCUUUUAUAUCUGGACGCUGUUGAUCCUACAAAGGAUAUUGUCAUGUACGUGAACUCUCCAGGAGGAUCAGUUACAGCUGGCAUGGCUGUAUUUGACACAAUGCGACACAUUAGGCCUGAUGUUUCUACUGUUUGUGUUGGUCUGGCAGCCAGUAUGGGUGCUUUCAUUUUGAGCUCUGGCACAAAGGGGAAAAGAUACAGCUUACCAAACUCCAGGAUUAUGAUUCAUCAACCUCUUGGAGGAGCUCAGGGUGGGCAAACCGAUAUAGACAUCCAGGCAAAUGAAAUGCUUCAUCACAAGGCCAAUUUGAAUGGAUACCUGGCAUACCACACUGGUCAAAGCUUUGAAAGGAUCAACCAAGACACUGAUCGGGACUACUUCAUGAGUGCCAAAGAAGCUAAAGAAUAUGGUUUGAUCGAUGGUGUGAUCAUGAAUCCUCUCAAAGCUCUGCAGCCACUACCAGCCACGCAAGAGUGAUUGCCGAUCAGCUAAAUGCAUUGUUAGAUGUUACUUCUGUGGCCAUAAGCGAGGAAGGGUGAUUCUACGAACAAAUUGCCCAAGAGAGCAGUGUUUUUGUUAUUUGUGUUGCAAAGUACUGCAUGCACAAUUCCAGAUGUAGUAUUAGUCUAUGGUUUUAUGGAUACCGAGACUUUAUUACCCACAAGUUUUACAAUUAGGUCCAGAAAAGGAAUGUUGUAGUUGCUUCA